AACCUUUUGUUCAGUCUAAGCCGGAGGCUUCACGGCCCACCGAGAGCCCUUUGUCAUAGCCACGCGCGUCUCGGCUGAAGGAAAGCCUUGGCUAGAGAAUCUCUGUCUUGGUGCUUCUGGGAAUGACGGCACUGACUCCUCUCCUUUGUCUUCUGCAGCUGCACUUCUUCCACAGCCCCUUCUUCCAGAGAGAUCAGCCCGACCUCCUCAGGAGGUGGGCGCAAAGCCCCGGGGAAAGAGAGCGAGCCCCGGCUGCAGUCCCACACAGCCCCGGGCACGAGGACGAGCGGCCGAAGAAGAGACGGGCUGAUGCUCUGGCGGCGGGAGGAGCUGCGGAGGAGAGCGACUCCCAGAGAUGUGCAGGACUCAGCCCCGCGGAGAGCGAGCCAUGGGCUGACCCAGAUGGCCCGAGCACCAGCGCCGGUCCAGCCCCGGCCAAACGGCGCCGCAGCCGCAGCCCCAGCCCUGAGGAUCCCAGUUCGCUCCCAGGACCACCUCAAUCCCGUGCUCCGGAAAAGGCGAGGGAUGAGCUGCCGGCACCUCAUGAAGCUCCAGUGCCACGGCCACCGCACAGCCCAUUGGCGGCAGGAGCAGAGGAUGAGGACGAGGACGAGGAGGAGUACGAGGAAGAGGAGGACGAGGGGGAGGACGAGGGGGAGGACGACGAGGAGCAGGAGAACGACUGCCGGAGCCGCGCAGCCCCCAGCCCCACAGCGGCCGAGCCAUGGGCUGACCCAGACGGCCCGAGCACCAGCGCCGGUCCAGCCCCGGCCAAACGGCGCCGAAGAGAAAGCCCUGAGAACGUCCAGGAGGCGGCUCCGGCUCCAUCCGCGCCUUCACCCCAGCGCCGCACACCUCCUGCCCCGCUGUUUUUCGGGCCGCCUCCACGCCCAGAAUGGUGGCCCGGUCCGGCUCCUGACCAGGUCCCAGGGGCUGGUCUCCUUCCAGGCCGCCCUCCAGCCCCUCAAGCGGCUCCUAUGCCACGGCCACCGCACCACCCAGCUCGCGUCUUCCGACACUGCCCGACCUGCUACUGCCCACCAAACGACCCGGCUGCCCGACACGGCGAUGGACGUUGAAACGGGUCGGGCUGGAAACAGCAGCGAUCUCGGGCAGCGAGUGGUGUUGGAGCUGUAGGAGCACGUUAGUCUAGGAAGAAGGAAUAAAACAGUGGUUGUCGUUGUUAAAAACGCCUCUUUUCACGUUGCCUUGUCCCGCCUCUGCAGUCUCACAGCCGCUCUCUUGACACCCGGCGUCGCCUUCAGGGUGGGAAGGGUUUGGCCCCAGCCCACAAAAGCCAAGGGCCCACGAGUGUAGGGAAAUGGCAACAAGAGAGAAUCGCAGGCCAGCUGAGUUGAACUUAAGUGCUGCAGCUGCGGGAUCCUGAGAAGCGGCCGAUCUCAGUGAGGUAGCUACCAACGAGGUGCUUAAGGGCGUAUAAAGCCUGGCACGGCAGAGCAGUUAGGAAGACCAUUAAAAGGAGGAGCUCGCAGGAACAGAGAGCUCUCCGAAAGAAAGCGAGAAAGUUAGAGCACUCAAAGGAGGCGCUCGGAGUUAGAGCAGCACCCGAACAGAGGCCGGGUCGUCGGCACGAACCCGGGCGGCGACGGAGAACGGCGCGACCGGGAAGACGGGUCCGACUAUCCGCGGCACACGAGCGCUGAGCACAAGCCAGCCGAGAGCCCUCCUGGGGCUGCUCCAGCAGCUGCACCAGCACCCAGGGCCGCUCCGGCCAAAGCAGUGCCCCAGAGCCCUUGGGGAGCCCGUGGCCCUUCCCAUGCCCCCCCAUGAGUAGAGGGCCAAGAGGCAGCAGGGCUGCAGGGAGCACACUUGGCCUCCUCCUGCCGGUCCUACAUCCCCUCUGGAGAUGUCUGCAGCCCUGCAGCUGGCAAAGCCACAACACGCGGGCUGCUCAGCCCCUCCUCACAGAUACGUGCCUUCCAGCCCUCCCAGCACCUUGCUCGCCCUCCCCUCUGGACACCUUCAAGCACCUUCUCACCCGUCUCAGACCCCGGGGCCCGAACGGCACACGGCGCUCAAGGUGAGGCUGCAGCAACGCCAAACCCCGCAGUCACCGCUCUUGAGAUCUCGUGCCGUGCUGGAUGCCCCCUGCCACGCCGUUUGCCCUCUCGGCUGCCAGGGCGUUCUGCUGGCUCCCAUCGAGCUGCCGCCCACCAGCAGCCCACCUCCCUCUGGGCACGGCGCAUCUCCAGCCACUCCUCUCCCACUUUCUGCUUGUGCCCGGCGUGACCCCUCCCAGGUGCAGAAUCCAGCAUUUGCUUCUCUGCCAUCUCGUUUCCAAACGGUGUCAUCUCUGCCGCCCUUGUUGAACCCCCAAGACUAGACAGACGGCUUUUGUUAGGAGCUGCUUCUCCUCGGGAGGUCAUCUCGUUUCAUCACGGAGAGAGAAUUAAAAGCUUGAAUACUGAUUUGUUUUGGUCUGCUGCUCUUCUUUCUCCUCCGCAUGGGUCAGGAUAGCACAGCUGGAACGUGGCUGUAGCGAGUUUCAAACAGCGUAUGUUAGCUUGCUUUAGAGCUUGAAAGCACCUGGAGCUCUGUACUUGAAGUGAAUGAUGACUAAAGGCAGAAUGGUGAUUUCCUUUGACAAGAGAAGACGACAUAAGAAAGACUGAGCUAGAUCCGGAGGACCUGAUCAAAACGCUUUUGUAUCGAGUCUUGUGACUUCCUGGAACAUCUUCCCAAAAGGGAACCCAGUCCUGAACUGAAGGUUCAGCCUUUUUAAUAAUCGUUGCUUGUCUUCAUAAUCUAUUCCAGUGCCGUAAAAUUGUUCUCAAAACAGAUGUGUCACAAAUCUUAUUUAGUGAGAUAAAUCUGAGAAUUACCUUCGGUAGGCUUGUAGUGGUUAUGUUUUUCAGCGGGGGGAUUUAGAAGCCAUUUCUCUAAGUGGUGUGAAUAUUUUUUUUACAAAGAAUAUGUUUUAAGGGGUAUAAAAUUUCUGAU